CCGGAAGUGCCGAAUUCUGUGGUGCGCGCGACGUUAUUUCCCAGCGUUCCUUUCUCCCUUCUUCCUCUUACCCUUCCGGCAGCAAUGUCUAAGAGAGGACGUGGUGGUUCUUCUGGAGCCAAGUUCCGCAUCUCACUGGGUCUCCCUGUGGGAGCGGUGAUCAACUGCGCUGACAACACAGGUGCCAAGAACCUGUACAUCAUCUCCGUCAAAGGCAUCAAGGGCCGUCUGAACAGGCUUCCUGCCGCAGGUGUGGGCGACAUGGUCAUGGCCACCGUGAAGAAAGGCAAGCCAGAGCUCAGGAAGAAGGUGCAUCCGGCGGUGGUGAUACGACAGCGGAAGUCGUACCGGCGAAAAGACGGCGUGUUCCUGUAUUUCGAAGACAACGCAGGGGUCAUAGUGAAUAACAAAGGGGAAAUGAAAGGUUCAGCCAUCACAGGACCCGUAGCCAAGGAGUGUGCAGAUCUGUGGCCCAGGAUUGCUUCAAACGCCGGGAGCAUCGCCUGAGCUCUCGCUCGGCUCGAUCUAUUUUCAAUAAAAUAUUGAAAGUCCA